AUGUCGUCCACCUCACAGCCAUCACCGCCACGAGCCGGCUCUUAUAUCCUCGUGCCAUCUUCUGCGCCGCUCGAUGACUCCUCAGCGAUACCUGACCAGGCUCAGAGAGCACCUUCGGCAAGACCAAGGCUGGUUUUCCUUCUACCCCUGGUCGCUGCCCUCGACAUUGCGACCACAAUCACUCUCGGCAUCCUCGUUCUACGCCAGCAAGAGAAACACAAUGAGCCGGAGCAACAACCUCACGAUCCUGUCAUGACGAGCUCGGCCAACGAAAACAGCGAUGCAACACUGGACAAGGGUGCCUGGGAGCGUCGUAAAAUCGUGCUGCUGGUGAUCGCCUUCUCCAUCGCACGAGCAUGCGCCUAUGCUAUCGUCGGCAUCAGCAGACGUGUCCGCCAACUCGGUGUGACUGUAGCUGCGACCAGCAUCCUCAGCGCUCUCUUCUACGUCUCGGUUGCCAACCUGCUCUUCCAAGCCAGGCCAAAGCCCAAUAACCUCGUAACGUCGCCUCCCUCUCGACCGAGCCUCUUCGCUUCGAAAGAAUGGCGCUGGCCGGAUGCAUUCCGCAACUUCGAGCCCACCAUGCCCAUCCUCGUCGGCGCACAGAUGGCUUUUACGCUAUUUGAAUGGAUCUUGUACAUUGCGAUCGUUGGCGUCAAGAUUCCACCGGGCGGCAAUCCUGUUGAGGCGAAACGAUGGGCUAGGAAUUUGGCCGACGAUCCGUACUUCCAGCGUGGUGUGGACGCGCAUAGUCUCUAUCCUUCCGAGGACGGCGGUGAGGGUGAGCAGGGCAGGCUUGACGCAAACGCUGCUGAGGGCAGUGGUGCUGGAGAGCAUGCAGCUGCGCCCCACGCUGCUGACGUGGAACAGGCGAGAACGCUGCUUGCCUCGCCCAUCUCGAACCUCUCCCGCAACGAACAGGCGGAUGGCAGCGACCAGCCUCUUCUCGGCGGAGGGCCCUCGACCCCACGCGGCUAUGGAAGCACGCUUUCUGAUCCCACAACGCCUCAAGGCUCAUCCUCAGCACAUCUUCAACCAGGCAGUGUACGCAGCGCGCGCUCACCAGCAGCAGCAGGGUCGGCACGCGGCAUGAGUCGCAGCGACUCGGCGCGCUCAGAUCUAUAUUCGAGAUCGCCCGGUGCCGCGGAACUUGGCGUUGCUGGCUUGCACGGGUCGGUGAUCGACGACGACGAUGAGGAGGAGGAAGACGAGCGAGACGGUGAAGGCGACGAAGAAGCCGAAGGUAGUGAUCCGGAUGAUAUCAUCGACAUCACUCCCAACCGAGCUGUAGCGCGCAAAGAGGCGCGUCUGCGUCUAGCACGUGCGGCGUUGCCCGAGAGACGAGCCUCGGGAGGGACGCUGUCGACGCUCAGCAUCUUUGGCGGCGGCGGUGGUGGCAGUGGCAGUGGCUCGAGUGGCGAAGCAUCGUCAAGCAGAAACGCAGGAGUCUCGAGAGGUAUCAAUGUCUUCUCCGAUGAAGCGGGAAGCCCGCUGGGACGCAACUCUCGCGAAGAUCAGGCACCAGCAGCUUUGCUCUCGGUCACAAGAGCGUCCGAGACCAGCAGGCGCGCAUCUUUGGCCGCCGAUACGUCGAUCCAGUCUUCUAACUCAAUGACGCUUCCUUCGUCGAGCAGCACACACACGGCGUCCACCAAAGCGAGCUCGUUGAAGGAUCGCAAGUUUAAGCUGCCCAAGUGGAUGAAGCCGAAUAGCAAGAGUCGCAACAAGUAG